UCUUCUAUGCCCCUCGGUGGCGUUCGCAUCGGUGUCGCUCGCUUCGCUCUUGGACCAAUCUGAAACCGAUCCGAAAGGGACUGCAACCGACGACUGAGUUCACAAAGGUGGUAUUUUUUUGUUCAAUCCGUCGGUCAGUUGUGUUUUGCAUUCCAAACGCUGCGGCUGUCGAUCGGUGUCGGAAUUUUUUUUCCCAGCAUCCGAAUCAAAAGUGCAGUGAAACCCAACAAACAAAAUGGUUUUUGAAACCACAAAUUGAACACCAAAUUAAAACCAUAAAUCAAUUGAAAACUAAAUACUUUAAACGAAAUACUUUAAAUUCUGAAUAAUUCCGACGAUAAAUAGAAGCUCCGCAUUCCGCCGCAUUCUUCCAAAUUUUUGCGGAAUUCGGUGUGUUGCCGUUGCCGUUGCCGUUGCAGACACUCGCUGGCGGCCGGCCCCCCUGCUGUGAAUAGUUUUCGCCAUUAAUUAAUGAUUAAUGCAACAUUUUCUAUGCAUCGUCCACGUCUGCUGUUUCUGCUGUCCUUGGCAGCCAACCCAAGCCCCAGCAUGCCACAUGCCACAGCCACGAAUGCAUUGAGUGACAGCCAGAAAUCAUCACAAUAGACGUACAACAAAAGCAACAGCAACAACAGCAACAGCAAUUCCAGCUAAAUCUGAGACAACAACAACUGCAACGGGAACCAUGUCGAGUGGCAACAAUGAAACAGCGCCGCUCUACUGCGGCAGCGGCAUGGAUAAUUUUCACACAAGCUACAAGAACAUGCAUGGCUAUGUCUCCCUGGUGGUCUGCAUCCUGGGAACGAUAGCGAACACUCUCAACAUCAUUGUGCUCACCCGCAAGGAGAUGCGCUCUCCGACGAACGCCAUACUCACGGGCCUGGCGGUGGCUGAUCUCGCGGUGAUGCUCGAGUACAUACCCUACACGAUCCACGACUACAUCCUGACCGACAGCCUGCCGCGGGAGCAGAAGCUGAGCUACGGCUGGGCCUGCUUCAUCAACUUCCACUCGAUCUUUGCCCAGGUCCUGCACACGAUCUCCAUUUGGCUGACGGUCACGCUGGCGGUGUGGCGCUACAUAGCCGUGGGCUAUCCCCAGAAGAAUCGCGUGUGGUGCGGCAUGCGGACGACCAUCAUCACGAUCUUCACGGCGUAUGUGGUGUGUGUUCUGGUCGUCUCCCCGUCGCUGUACCUCAUCACGGCCAUAACCGAGUGGAUGGACCAGUUGGAUGCGAUGGGAAAGGUCAUCAACUCGAUACCCAUGACGCAGUACGUAAUCGACUAUCGGAACGAGAUCGGAAUGAGCGUCAAGGUGGCAGCACUGAAUGCCACUCCGCAGAGCCUGAAUCUGAACGAAACCUUGUGGUUGAAUGUCACGGGCACCACCGAGACACCUGCCCCUCCUGUGGCACCUCCUACCCUUGCCCCUGCUUCUACUGCUGCCCCUGCUGCCGCUCCUUUGGUGGUGCGAAACGUCACCGUCUACCGGCUCUACCACAGCGAUCUGGCCCUGCACAAUGCCUCCCUGCAGAAUGCCACCUUCUUGAUCUACAGCGUGGUCAUCAAACUGAUACCCUGCAUUGCCCUAACGAUUCUCUCAGUGCGCUUGAUCCUGGCCCUCUUGGAGGCCAAGCAGCGCAGGAAGAAGCUCACCAGCAAGCCCCCCACCCCCGCAGUGGCGGCGGCCAGCAAUGGAAACGGCACUGGCAAGCCGCUGGUGAAUGGAAAGCCCUCGGAGCGACCGCGCAAGAACAGCAAGCUCCUCGAGAAGGAGAAGCAAACCGAUCGCACCACGCGCAUGCUGCUGGCGGUGCUGCUGCUCUUUCUGAUCACGGAAUUUCCCCAGGGUAUCAUGGGUCUGCUGAACGCCCUCCUGGGGGACGCCUUCUUUCUGCAGUGCUACCUGAGAUUGAGCGACUUGAUGGACAUUUUGGCCCUAAUAAACUCCAGCAUCAACUUUAUUCUGUACUGUUCGAUGAGCAAGCAAUUUCGUACGACAUUUACCCUGCUUUUCCGCCCGAAAUUCCUCGACAAUUGGCUGCCAGUGGCCCAGGACGAGGUGGCCGCCACACGCGCGGAACGUUCGACUGUGGCUCCGGCGCUGCAGCAGCGGCAGAUUGUGACUGCUGCCGGUGCCACCACCACCACCACGAGCACCACUCAAGUGACGAAUCUGUAGCAUAGAAAUCCCAGCAGAAUGUUGGGGCGUCUCUUGAGCCUGCUGAAGCGGAGGCGGGACGCGGCCGAAGGGGGUUCGCGCGCAGAAAGGGAAGCGCCAGCCGGCAGAGGAUCCCUGGGAGGCUCCGAGGCAGAGGCCAUGGCCCUGCAGUUUCACGCAAUUGUCGUGGUAGUGGACAAGGCCAGCGGCGCCACGGAUCAUCACUUGUGCCCCACUGACGAGGGGCCAGCAAUGACGUAGUGGAUCGCUGGAAAAAAUUGAAUAUUGACCCCCGCAAACUAGAUAAAAUCUAGAGGAUGGUUUUUCCUAGCUACAUAUUUCUGUAAAAUAUAUAAGAUUUCUCUCUAGUUUCUCUCUAAAAAAAAAAACCCCCCCAUUUGUUAGGCAAUAAGUGAGAAAAAAAAAGCUAAACACAAGGCAUUUGCAUACUUUUUUUGCAGGAGGAACCCUUGAAGCCCUUCAGACCCCUCAGACCCCUGACAGAUCGUAAUAAAAACUCGAAUAAAAUGCAGAACAAAUCAAUCAUACGCACACGCAUCGCUGGCGACUCAAGUGUUUUGGCCCAUAAAUCACAUUACGAAUCGCAGGGCUUUGCUGCAAUUUUCAUCAACAACAAAAACAAACCCCAGGAAAAAGAGUAUGCAAAAUGCAAUAUGUUUGCGUGCUCUAAAGAACUACGAAUUUUACGAAUUUGUUUGGCAACGAUUUCGUUGGAAUGAAAACGGAAUAAAUGUCUGAUAUAUUUCAUAGAUACGCAUACGGAUAUAGGGCAUAAAUCUGCACGUGUGUGUGUGUGUGUGUGUGUGUGUGUGGGAAAACCAUUGCUAGCAGAGUCACUAAUUUUAAGAGUUCUUUAAACGAAAGAAUCCUUUAUUUUGGAAGCAGAGGCUGUGAAACGUUUAACAAAAAUAGGUUUCCUUUUAUCCUGGAGGAAAUACAGGGUUUCCUUUAAUGGGUAAAUUAUGCGGAUGAGGAUUUUUUUUUUGUCACAAUUUUGUAGGAUAUUUUGUAGAUUUAAUUUGAAUUUUUUUUUGUGUCCGCCGCUGCAGCACUUUUUGCCCCAAAUUAAAGGCAUUAAAGGGGAGUCCCGUCGCCCAUCAAAUGACACGCAUAAUAUGAUGAUUGAUGAUUGAAGUAUUUGUGCAGCAAACUGAGCCCCUGACAAAUAUUUCGAAUCAUUGAAUACAUAAAUAAAUCAAAGAACCACAAAAGAGAAUUACAUUACAAAAAAUGAAGAACGAAAUAAAAUAAAAAUAAAUAAAAUAUAGACAUUUAAUGAUGGGAAACAGAGAGACAGAAGAGAGAGGGAAAGCGAGAGGGAGAGCGAGAGAGCGUGCCAUAUAAUUAGCACUAAAAUUCGUAUAAAUAUAGAAAAAUUAAAUUACAUUUAUAAUGUUGCCACAGUGUUUGCUAAAAGUAAGCAUACAUAUUGAAUAAAUAUUGAUAUUAAUUUGUUGUUUGUUAAAUGUAUAUUUAAGUGUGAUUUAACCUACUAAAAACACACAAACCAAAAAAAAAAAAAAAAAAAAAAAACAACCCAAAUAAAUUAAGUUUUUUUUUUACAUAUAAGAAAAAUAGCAUCAGCAGCAGCAGAAAAAGCUACCAGUCAUAAAUGAAAUGUUUUAGUGUUUAGACAGGCAAAAAAAAACGAAAUAUUAAAUAUAAUAAAAUUAAACAGC